UCAAUGAGGCUCUCUCACAAACAACGUAUUAAAACACAUAUCAAGACAGAACCAAUCUGGAAAAGAAGAAACAGGCAGAGAGAUCGGUCGAGAUGGGGAAACCGGCAGGGUACUGGGUGAACAAGAUUCGGACAUCGUUCAAAGGAAGAUCAUCAAACAAAUCAGACGAAGGAAGUGGUUCUGGUUCUGGUUCUGGUAAGAGAGAUUUCAAACCCACAAAUCCGGGGAAUUCGAAAGAAGAGAAACAGAGAACAGAAGAAUCCAAGAAUGGGGCCGAGAGCGGGAGGAAAGUGAUGAUCGUGGCCGAUGCCACUUCCCAGUCCAAGAACGCUCUUCAGUGGGCAUUGGUACAUUGUGUUCAAGAUGAAGAUAGUAUCAUCCUGCUACAUGUCAUAAAGAAACCAAGAGCACAAGCACCUGGGGAGGAGACACAGAAGGAGAGAGCCUCGAGGGCAUACGAACAACUUCAGCCAUUGAAGAACUUGUGCCAGCUCAAGAAACCUAAUGUAAAAACCGAGAUAGCAGUGGUGGAGGUGGAGGAGGAGAAGGGCCGUACGAUAGUGGAGGAGUCGAAGAAGCAAGGGGCUGGAGCGCUGGUAAUCGGGCAGAGGAAGAGGCAGUCGAAGUGGCGAGUGAUAUGGAGAUGGAGGAGAGAGAGCGGCAAUGGCAGCCUCGUGGAAUAUUGCAUCCACAACGCAGACUGUAUGGCCAUAGCCGUGAGAAAGAAGAGCAACAACGGCGGUUACUUGAUCACCACGAAACGCCAUAAGGAUUUCUGGCUUUUGGCCUGAUUGAUGAUGAUCCCAUCAAAACUCUAUUCGCAUAAACACCCUUUUGUUAUUUGUUACUUGUCCAUUAAUUAAGAAGGCUCAUCACGAAUAUGAUAUUAAUAUAAUAUCUUUGUGCUUAUGAUUCCAGUUUAA